UCAACGUAAUCAUUUUUCAAAACAAUGUUCAAACGGGGAACUUUCACAGUUCAACUACACUGCCAAAUACCAUACUGCUCAGAGGAUCUAAAAACCCACUGAUAUGUGCAUUCCAAGAGCCACUGAAAAAUGGAUAACAUAUCUACUGAAUUUCCUGCAGAGACACCAGUUGUGAUAAUGGCCACUGCCAUCUCAGCAUCUACAAGUCUGCAGACAAACAACACCUGUGACCUGUAUGAACACAAAGAUACAGCAAAGAUCAUACUGCCUGUAUUUUACAGUGUUAUUUUAAUUCUUGGAGUGGUUGGAAAUGGACUUGCCCUCACUGUCAUUUUUAAAAACAGAAAAAAGAUCAACUCUACCACUUUAUAUUCAACAAAUCUUGUCUUGUCGGACCUUCUUUUUACUACUUCUUUGCCUACAAGGAUUGCAUACUAUGCACUAGGAUUUGACUGGCCAUUUGGAGAAACAUUUUGUAGACUAACUGCUCUCAUAUUUUACAUCAACACUUACGCAGGUGUUAAUUUUAUGACAUGUUUAAGUAUUGAUAGGUUUUUUGCUGUAGUCCACCCAUUCCGGUACCAAAAGCUCAGAAGAGUUAAGCAUGCCAAGGGCAUUUGUAUAUUUGUCUGGUUCCUUGUAUUGAGUCAAACAUUUCCAUUACUCCUACAGUCCAUGUCAAAUAAGGAACAAGACAGGAUUACAUGCAUGGAAUAUCCAAACUUUGAAAAAAUCCCAAAUCUACCACUGAUACUUCUUGCUGCCUGUUUAAUAGGGUACCUCAUUCCCCUUGGAAUCAUACUAUUUUGCUAUUCUCAAAUUAGCUACAAACUUGUUCAAACUGCAAAAGCAAAUCCAUUAAGUGAAAAAUCAGGGAUAAACAAAAAAGCCAUCAAUACAAUCAUUUUUGUAAUUGUUGUGUUUAUCAUCUGUUUUACCCCUUAUCAUGUUGCAAUUAUACAACACAUGAUUAAGAAGCUUUACAAUCAAGACAAAACACCAUGCAGUGAUCAACAAAUUUUCCAGAAGUCUCUCCAUUAUACUGUGUUUCUUAUGAAUUUUAACUGCUGCUUGGAUCCUUUCAUUUAUUUCUUUGCAUGCAAAGGAUAUAAGAGGAGAAUAAUGAAAAUACUGAGACGUCAAGUUAGUGUAUCAGUUUCAAGUGCUGUGAGGUCACCUCAUGAAGAAAGCUCACGUGAUGUGGGAGAAACACAAAUGAUAGUACUGCCAAAAUCUUCAAAUGGAAAGUUAUCGGAGAAAUAAAGUUCUAAUGCCUUGCAACAAUGUAAGUUCAAAAACACUGGACCCACAUAAAAUAUUAUUUCCUUCUCAUACAACAAAUUAAGUGAGAUUCUCUUUCCCACCAUCUCUGAAAUCCAGGAUACUGUUUAAACACAAAAUAACCACUGUCUGACAGCAACAAAAUUCUAAAUUAGUAGGUUCCUAAUUUUAUCAGUUUGACUACCUUUCAUGUUUUUCUGGGAAGUUUCCAUCAGAGCACCUAUGCAGUUUCCAUCCUGAACAUAUGCAUUCUUGAAUUUUAAUCACCAGGCAAAGACCCAAUUCACUUGUUUUUCUAAGAAAAGAAACUAAAAAAAAGCAAGUAGCUCACAAGUAGCUCAUAAUGACUAAAAGAGAACAUCUGAAAAUGAGCAGACAUCUGACUGAUCUCUAAUAUUAGCAUUCUUGAGUAAUAAAGUAUGUUGUAUCUUUUCCCCUUGAGCUUUCAUGCAGACUGCAUAAGCAAAGGAACUAAAUGUGCAAGGAUUUUAUAAAAUAUGUAGUUUCAUGAAAAUUUUGAAAUAGUCCAUGGUACUAUUUUAAAAUCUUUUGGACCUGGAACUAGAUUGUUCAUAUCUAAAUUUAACACAGAUAACUUUGCAAAAAUACAAGUGGGAAAAAAGCUAAGAUACUGUCUAUAUCUGAAAAAUUGAGGUGUAAACAUAUUUAAGUAAUAAGCACCAUUUUCUUUGCCUAACCAGAUAUUUAUAUGGCCCUAUUAUUAUAGCAUCUGAGCAUCUACCAGAUACUAAUCAAUUUAUCCUUCCUUUGAGGAAGGAAGUAUUCUCUUUCUUUUACAAAUAGGAAAUAUUUCUUUCUGGAUUCUGUUGUGCAGAGACCUGUAUUCUAAGGGUUCAUCAGAUACAAAAAUGCAUUUCAGCUAACAUGUACAUUUGUUUACAGAUGUAAGCAUAAGUUGAAACUAGUGACUGGUAAAAAAUUAAUUGUUUAAAUUAAAAGAAUUGUGGUAAAGGAUCAUUUUUUAUGUUUCUGCAGUCACAGGCUCAUGUAACAAACUGAAAGAUUCUAGAAAUGGAACUAAAUGUUUUGUUUUUUGACAUUUUCAUGCGAAGAUAUGACCACACUUCCUUGAACACUGUUUACCUAGAAGAUUGGUGAAUGAGGACAGGAAGGCAGAUGGAUGUAAACUCUUGAUAUUGUGACAGCCCACAGCAUCUCCCUGGGAUCCACUUUGACAUCACUUAGCCUUCAUUAUUGCAACCCUAUAAGUUGCGCUCACAAGACCCUGCCAGGGAACCAGAUGACAUCACCCCCGCUGGAACUAGCUAACACCUGAACAACAUCCGGGAUGUGAGUCUUGGGUUCCUGCCAUUGUCCCCUUCCUAAUUUGUCAUUUUCCUUCCCUAGCUUGUUUCUGUCUCUCAGCUAACUUUACAACACUGCUGUGAGCUUCUAACAAGAAAAGUAAGCAGAACAAAAUGCCUUAAAAAGUCUAGUGCGAGUAAAAGGACAACAUGCCUCAGUGACAUUAAGAUGGAGCAUUAUGCCUAUAUUUCUCUCACUUCUUUGUGUUACCCCUGUUUUCCCUUAAAGAAGCAAGGAUCACAUUUGAACAGCAACAGCAGUGGAAGCUUAUGACCCACUAAACUAGCUUUUUCUCCCAUUGAUACCACCUUUAUACUACUGGAAAGAAUUUAAAGUUUCCCAGCUAUAAGAGACACUAUACAGUUAGAAGGAUAUCAAAUAAGAAAAAAAAAAUAUUUAAAAUAUUAACCAAGGAUUUCAUUUUAAGUUGUAAAUAUUGUAAAGGCUUUGUCUUUUUCCAUCUUUCUAAUAAAAGUUAAAAAUAUAUUUAUACUAAUUGUUACAGGAGUAAUCAAGCUAUAACUUGACACAAAACACUUCUGUCUGAGGUUAUAAUCAUAAAUACUGGUUGUAUGAACAUUUCAUCAACACACAGUUGUUCUAUUACAUUUGUUUCUAUGUUUUUGUUUACAGUAUCACUUUGGUCUAAUUUUAGAUGAUAAAGCCCUGAGAGCAAGAAAACUUUUAAUAUUUACCUAUAAAAUACAAUGCAAGUGAACAUUAUAGCACCAUGAGCAAAUAACUUAAGUUUAAAUAUAUAUUUUUUGCAAACGAAACAAAGCUAAACAUCAGUAUUAAAAUAUUAACUCCUCCAUUA